CGUUUUUUCGUUUUCCUCCUCUCCCAACCAAAUCCCUCCAUAGUAACAAUGCCUGGCACGCAUCUUCUCCCCCCAAAUCUUCUCAAACUUUUCGCUCCGAGGCCGCCAUUGCCUUAUAUUCGUCCCAUAGACAAGGAUAUCAACCGUGUCAGGGCGAAAACAGUAUCUGGUGUCGGUUCCAUAAUAAGCCAGUUGAAGGAAACUGCAACUGAAAAUCUCGUUGCUGGAAGCGCGGAAUCUAUGGAAGAAGGCGAAGAACCUGCCUUUACUCUCGCGGAAGAUGUGAAACGGCAAAUACGACGAGAAGAGCGGAAGAAACGGAGAACAGACGAGUUUAAAAUUGCGAAGGAAACAUACAAACCAGCAGACGACCCAGAGGCUGCUGGAGAUCCUUAUAAAACUCUUUUUAUUUCCCGGCUCCAUAAAAGUGCAACAGAAAAUGACCUUCGACGUGAAUUCGAGACAUACGGGACCAUUGAAAGAGUAAGGAUUGUCCGUGACAAGAAAAAUCGAAGUCGAGGGUAUGCGUUUGUAGUAUACGAACGUGAACGUGAUAUGAAGGCUGCCUAUAAAGAAUCCGAUGGUGUCCAAAUAAUGGGAAAACGAAUUUUGGUCGACGUUGAACGUGGUAGAACGGUCCGCGGGUGGAAGCCUAGAAGACUUGGUGGAGGACUUGGUGGUCGUCCGAAACGGGUCGAGCCAACAGUGGUUGCGGCCGCGCCUCCGAGACCAGGCGGAGGUGGAGGUUUCCGAGGAGGAGGAUUCGGUGGUGGCGGAGACAGAGGCGGUCCGCGUGGUGGAUUUCGAGGUGGCCGGGGAGGAUUCCGCGGAGGAGGCUUUGGUGACCGGGGUGGAUUUGGUGACCGAAGUGGAGGAUUUGGUGACCGGAAUGGUGGUGGCGGUGGUGGAUUUCGAGGUGGGUUCGGCGGAGGCAUGGACGGUGGCUACCGUGGUCGAGACUUCGGAGGCGGUGGUGGUGGCGGUGGAUUCAGGGGCGGCCGUGGCGGAGGUGUUGGGUAUAACGGCGGUGGAUUCGACGGGCCACCACCGUCAAAUGGCUUCGGUCCUCCAGGUGGUCCUGGUUUCAAUGGUCCGCCAAAUAACGGAGGAUUCGGCCCACCUGCAGGUGGGUUCGGAGGUGGGUAUCGUGGCGACCUUAAGAGAAGUGAUGGUCCCGGCGGAUACGAUGACAGAGAUUCCAAGCGUCCCCGAUAUUAAACGAGGAUAUGGGUAUCGAAAUCGCUUUGUUGUAUUCUCAGGUUGAGUAUCAUCUCUGGUGGGCUCACUUUUCUUCUCUGUUUCUAAAGCCUUUCCGAAGUAAGUAUGUUCAUUUUCAUCAAUGGACAUCAUGUAUUACUGGACAGGCAAGUAUGCACACGGUAAUAAUCCAUGUCUUAUUUUAUUCCAUAUUUCUUUCUCCCAUCUGUAUCUCUAUGUCGUGGUUGAGAAUACCAGUAUUUUUCUCUCUUCCCGCUUUCUGACACAGUAUGGAUCAGUGUGUAUUGUCACUCUACGCGGUCACUUGUGCCACGUAUGUAGGUAACUGAUGUAGUGCGGAAAAUUUAUGAAGCGAAGGAUGC